CAUAUACAGAGAGGAGAGGACCAAUCAAUCAAUAGACUAGCUAGCUAGUAGAAUAUAUGGAGCUACAGAGCGACCGGUGUGACCGAUCUUCCAUGGAGUCGGCGCAAGAUCUGGUCAGGAAAUUCAGGACUCUCCUGCAGCUCAUGGCCGCACGGUCUGGCGACUAUGAGACUCCAGAGGACGCGGCGGUGACCGCCGCCAUGAUGGCUGGAUGGCAUCGCGACGUCGUCAUCGACCUUGCCGCCGCGAGCGAGGGGGACACCCAGCUCCAUCGGGCGGCCGCUGGCGGGGACGGCGUCUGCUACCGCAGGUGCGUGGACUUGGCCUGCAACGGCGACAGUAGCCGGUUGCUCGCGUCCAACGGGGACGGCGAUACGCCGCUGCACUGCGCUGCCAGGGCCGGGCACACUGGCAUGGUUAAACACCUCAUAGGCCUCGCACAAGGGGACGGCCAGGACGAUGGUGAGAUGGCCAAGACCAUGGUGAGGGUGCGGAACAACCGUGGGGAGACGGCGUUGCACGAGGCCAUCCGCUCUGGCUGUGAAAAGGACGUGAAAAAGAUGGUCGAAGAUUUGCUGGCGGUGGAUAAUCAACUAGCAUGUCUAGAAGCAUUUGAUGGUACUUCGACUCUGUUCUUAGCCAUCUCGCUGGGCCAACAUUGGCUUGCUAGUUGGUUGUACGAAUGGGGUCAUAAGAAAUUGUCUUACUCUGGCCCCGAGGGGCAAAAUGCCUUGCACGCUGCUGCUCUCGACGGGUUUCGGCACAGCACAGGGAUAGCAAAACGGCUGCUUCACUGGAAUAAUAGCCUUGCCAGACAAGCGGACAACUCUGGAAGUACACCGUUACACUUUGCUGCGUCAGCACAAGAUCCCACAUUGGAGUUAUUUCUGUUUGUUUUUGGUGACCAGGGCUUCGAAUCACACUCUCCAUUGUCGCUCACCACUUUACCUAAGAAAUGGGUAUACAAGUUCUAUAAGUGGAGGGAGCAUCCAACCUUUCUACUAGUGGAUGCUAAUCCACAUUCCGCAUUUCAGCCAGAUAGGAAUAGUUUGUAUCCAGUGCAUGUGGCUGCCUCGGCGGGAAGCUUGGUGCCUAUCAUCAUAUUGCUCUGCCAUUCUCCUGGCUGCGCCGGGCUACGAGACAACCAAGGAAGGACCUUCCUUCAUAUUGCCGUGGAGAAGAAGAAGCAUAACAUUGUGUGGUUUGUGGCUUGCCGGUUAGAUAAUAAGGCCAUCAUGAACAUACAGGACUACAACGGGAACACUGCCAUGCACCUAGCUGUUGGUGGCGGGAGCUGGGAUAUCUUCAAGAUCCUCAUUGGGAACAAGCACGUCUGCUUGAAUUUGACAAAUAAGGAGGGUGAAACUCCCAUGGAUAUUGCACUCAGCAACGUUACUCCAACUGGAUUUUAUUUUGGAAUGCAUGCACGGCGUCGAAUACUUGUGACAUUGACCUUAGCAAAUGGUAAAAACAGCUUCUGCCGGCGGGACCGUUUCCUGGAUCAAUAUGUUCCCAAGCUAGAUGAAAAGGAAGAAUCUGAUAAAAUAACAUCGUUCGCACAGAUUGUUGGUGUUGGCUCCGUUCUUGUAGCGACUGCUACGUUCGCUGCAACAUUCACCAUGCCAGGCGGCCCCAACAGUACCGAUCCCAAGAUCCCACCCAAUGGCAGAGGUGGCACGCCGACACUCGCGGGGCUCUACGCUUUCGACGCCUUCGUCAUCUCUAACACCCUGGCCUUCAUCUGCUCCACUUUGGCCACCUUCAGCCUCGUCUACACCGGGGUGGCCACGGUGGACAUAGAGAAGCGGAUCAAGCUGGUGGCCUUCUCCCUGGCGCUGCUCAUCAGUGCGGCCAGGAGCUUCUGCGCCGCCUUCGCGUUCGCCAUCUAUGUGAUGCUCCCUCCCACGGUGGCCCAUGGGACUGCCAUGGCAGCAUGCGUAAUGACGGUCCUUGCACUAAUGGACGCGUUUUGGUUCAUGUGGGCCAUCGUGACUGAUACAAUAGUUCUCGUUAGGAGGGAAGACUGGCGGUCAAUGCCCAAGCGACUGAUGAAGCUGGCGGCAAGAAUCCUAAUCAACACUGUGUAUGUGUUCUGGCCCUACAUCGUCAUCUUCGGUCUGUUGGCCAUCAAAAGCAUCACUGGCCAUCAAGAGACCUGAGUACCUGCACCAAUGCCCACCCAACGGCUAUGAGAUUGAUCACUAAAUGCUUCCUUUAUAAAAAAGAAUACGAUUGAUCACAAUGGAAGCCACGGCAAGCCAGACAAACUCACCUUAAUAAAUAUGUUGACUUAUGAAUCCUUCCUCAUCGUCCCAUAUGUUCAUUUUCAGAACAAUUUGUUUUCAACUCUAAGGGAAUGUGUGUUUUUUUUUGUUUUAUCAUGGUUUGUAAGCAUGUGAUAAAUUUGUUCAACAGUACGUAAGCUUCUGCU